CUUAAAUACAUCUAGUGGAAACAUUCUUUUUCUUGAUAAGGAGGCUCCUCUGGAGGAUUAUGGAAUGUCUAUUGGUGGAUCAGUCAAGGGGCCGUAAACCCAAAAAUGAAAGUGUUUUGGAUAAAUCUACUGUGACUUACUUACCAGAAGAAAAAUUUUCUCUUACAUUGAUCUGUGUAGAAAUGUGAUCCAGCCAAAGCUAUGGCUUUGCUGACAUGGAGCACAGCUUAUGAUACACAAUUCUAAGUAGAUGACCAUGCAUAUUGCAUAAUGUGUAGCUGAAAUGUGUGGUUAAGCCUGCUUUCCAGUCAAUGACAGUGAGUGUAAAAUCGUGCCCUGUUCCUCACUCUGCUCCUUGCAGUCAGUCACAAGCCACAUCGUAAAGCACACUGUGAACAUGCAUUAUGCCUUCUAUUCUCUUGUUUUGCAGGAGUGCCACUAAAAUAUGAAGCAGUCAACAUGUACGCAUAUAAAACCACUGCAGAUGGAUGGGUCAUAUAUGAAGAUAAGCUAUACUACAUCAGCAAAAAAUAUACCUCCAUGGAAAAAGCCCAGGAGUUUUGCAGGAUGAAUUCUACAUACUUGGCUUUUAUUGAUAGCAAUAUUGAGAGAAUAUUCCUACAGAGAGCACUAAAAGAAAAUAAGGAAUUCUGGAGUUCAUCAGAAGGAUACUUCUCUGGUCUAAGAGCGAGUCUUGACAAAACUUUGAGCUGGAUAGAUGGAACUCCAGUAGCCUAUGUGGCUUGGGCACCUAAUGAACUCAGCUUUGCAAAUAAUGAGGAAAAUAGCGUGGUAAUGUUCUCGGAGCAAGGUAAGUAACAAGCCUAAACUAUUAGAUUUUACUUGUCUCUGCUUGGAUUAUAACUGAUGCUGUCAAGCUUCUACUGUCAGCUGUCACGCAAUCUUUUAUGGUUGUUUUCUGCAAUUUCUUUACAGUGACAAGCCAAGAAGUUGCAGUAACUGAUGAAAAUACCAGUCAUGGAAGAAUCUCUGUUCUUAAAACUGGGUGAUUUUAGUACUAUGUGUAAUUUAAUCAGAUGUCUCUGGAUUUAUAAGACUGAUAUUACACCUUUUU